GGUCAAAACUCGAAAAAGAGGAAAAACCAAACCCAAUGUACUUUCAAACUCCAAUUUACUAACUCCCAAGCCAACACUAUCUAAUCUAUCCCCUUUUUUAUUUUAUUUUAUUUUUAGAUUUAAUUUUACGAUAUGACUGUCAACAGCGCAUUAUAGCAAACGCCACUCUUCUCAUCAAAAAGCAGAGCCACAUACAUUAACAUUACAUUAGCUUCCUCAUUUUUAUUCUUAUUAUUAUUAUUCAUCAGACCAACAACAAAAAGGAGAUAAAGAGAAGAGGAUUCAUCAUCAUCAAUCAAUCCUUCAUUUUAUGGAUCUACUCAUAUCUUGAUUCUUCCUUCUAUCUCUCCCUUUUCUUCCAUCUCUUUUUCUCUGGGUUUCCCCGGAUUGAGUUUUUUAAUCUCUGAUUGACAGAUUUGAAGAGCGUGACAAAGGAAGAAUCUUUUAUUAAAACAAAUUCUUCUGUUUUAAUCUUGGGAUGGCCUCGGUGGGCAUAGAGCCUAGUGCCGCGGUUAGAGAAUCUACUGGAAACGUUACUGAUGCUGAUAGAUUACCCGAGGAGAUGAAGGACAUGAAAAUUCAAGAUGAUAAAGAAAUGGAAGCUACGAUUGUUAAUGGCAAUGUGACUGAGACUGGCCAUAUAAUAGUAACUACUAUAGGAGGAAGAAAUGGCCAGCCAAAACAGACAAUCAGUUACAUGGCGGAGCGAGUUGUUGGACAUGGCUCCUUUGGUGUUGUGUUUCAGGCCAAAUGUUUAGAAACAGGAGAAACUGUUGCUAUAAAGAAAGUUCUACAAGAUCGGAGGUACAAGAAUCGUGAGCUUCAAACAAUGAGGCUACUUGACCAUCCAAAUGUUGUGUCUUUGAAACAUUGUUUCUUCUCUACAACCGAAAAAGAUGAGCUUUAUCUCAACUUGGUUCUGGAAUACGUUCCGGAAACUGUGCACCGCGUCAUCAAACACUACAACAAACUUAACCAACGAAUGCCUCUCGUUUACGUCAAACUUUACACUUAUCAGAUUUUUAGGUCCUUAUCCUACAUUCACCGAUGUAUCGGCGUAUGUCAUCGAGACAUCAAACCUCAAAACUUGUUGGUAAAUCCACACACUCAUCAAGUGAAACUAUGCGAUUUUGGAAGUGCGAAAGUAUUGGUUAAAGGAGAGCCAAACAUUUCAUACAUUUGCUCGAGGUAUUACAGAGCACCUGAGCUCAUUUUUGGAGCCACCGAGUAUACUACAGCCAUUGAUGUCUGGUCUGCAGGAUGUGUUCUCGCCGAGCUUCUUCUCGGGCAGCCAUUGUUCCCGGGUGAGAGCGGUGUUGAUCAACUUGUAGAGAUUAUAAAGGUUUUGGGAACACCAACAAGGGAAGAAAUCAAAUGCAUGAACCCGAAUUACACAGAGUUCAAAUUUCCUCAGAUUAAAGCUCAUCCAUGGCAUAAGAUUUUCCACAAGAGAAUGCCUCCAGAAGCUGUUGAUUUGGUCUCAAGGCUUCUUCAAUACUCUCCCAAUCUCCGUUGUGCUGCUCUUGAUUCAUUGGUCCACCCAUUCUUUGACGAGCUAAGAGAUCCGAAUGCGCGAUUACCCAACGGACGUUUCCUUCCACCGCUCUUUAACUUUAAGCCUCAUGAACUUAAAGGUGUGCCUGUGGAGAUGGUGGCGAAGUUAGUUCCAGAACAUGCGAGGAAGCAAUGUCCGUGGCUCAGUUUGUGAUUUGUUCUCACCUGCAAACACGAAAACUAGAGCAAAGCAGUCGAGAUAUUCAUCUCUUCUCUUCUCUCUCCUUCUCUGUAUUAAUAUUAUUAUAAUGAUCAUAUCUCAAUCUGAUGAUUUAGUAACCCUUUGUUUGUUGUAUGAGUAGAGAAAGAGUGAAUCAUUUGUGGGGGUUAUGAUAUUGUAUAAGCCAACAAAGAUUAUUUUUUAAAGAGAGUUUCGUGUUUUCUGUCUCA